GUCACAGAGAUAUGACGUCAGAAAUUGUGCGACAUGCCGGUGGACGUUAAAUUAACCAAGCUAAGAGCUUUCCUUCUGUAGUUGCCUUGUAUUUUAUAAAUUUAACACUCACCUAGGAGACAUAAUCAGAUAUUGGUUGUGUUAUUGGUAAGUACAUUUAGGAGGGUGAAACGAUAGUGCUUAUUUUCGGACGGAUUUGCUAAUAAACGAGAUUGUGAACGCUCAUGAUGAACAGUUAGCCACAGCGUAUUGUCAACAUAGCAGACAGAGCCAAAUUGACACGCCGGUAUGAGUUAUGGGUAUGGUGGAGGUGGGAGAAGAGGCAGGAGAGGUGGAGGACGCGGCUACAGAGACGGCAGCAGAGAAAGAUGGGACCGUGGAGGUGGGAGCGCAGCCAGAGGACACAGCUCCGACCAGGACCAGGAGCGAGGGGGCAGAGGAGGUGGUCAACGGGACCGUCCACCCCCUCACCUGAAGGGCAGGGAGAUCGGCCUGUGGUACGCCAGAUACGGAGCUGUGAGGAGGAAACAGGCUGACCGCAGAUCGCGGGCAGUGGUCCAGAUGGAUGAGGCCAGGGAGCAGCACAUCACUAGACUGCUUGACUCUGUCCAAAGUGAUCAGCCUGAACCAGAAAGACUCAACAGAGCUUCUACCUCAGACAGCAGCCACUUCUCUGGUCAGUCUGGACACUGCUACUUUGAUGGUGAAAUGCCUGAGGAAAAGAAACACUCUUUUUUAAAACACAGAAAAUCCGAUGAAGAUGAUGAGUGUCUUGAAGAUCAAAAAACACAAGCGCAGUCUCAGUGUUCCUUUAAGGUUAAGGAUGAGCCUCCCGAUGCUUGGGAUGAAGAGGAAGUGCAGAAAACAGAUACUGAGAGAUGGACUGACAAAGAUGCAGAGUUUUUACUUCAGGAAAUAGCCAAAGACAGCUCUUUGGACAUUUUUUUAAAACAAGAUCUUCAAACCAAGCGAUCAGAUCCAAAGUACAAAGAAAUGCUGAAUUUUAGAGAAAAGCUCCCAGCAUUCAGUAAAAAAGAGGAGCUUGUAGAUCUAAUCAACUCUCACCAUGUUCUGGUGGUGAGUGGUGAGACUGGCUGUGGAAAGACCACUCAGGUCACACAGUUCAUCCUGGAUGAUCUUAUUGACCAAGGCGUGGGCUCAACCUGCAGAGUGGUGUGCACUCAGCCUAGGCGAAUCAGUGCCAUUUCUGUGGCUGAACGUGUAGCAGCUGAGAGGGCAGAAAGUGUUGGAAAUGGGAAUUCUUGUGGCUAUCAAAUCCGUCUUCAGAGCCGGUUGCCACGGAGACAAGGCUCUAUCCUGUACUGUACAACAGGCAUUAUUCUUCAGUGGCUCCGCUCAGACCCCUUAUUGUCAACUAUAAGUCACCUUGUAUUGGACGAGAUUCAUGAAAGAAACCUUCAGUCGGAUGUUUUAUUAGUCAUUGUCAAGAACCUUCUCACAAUCAGACAUGAUCUAAAAGUAAUUCUCAUGAGCGCAACUUUAAAUGCUGAAAAGUUCUCAAAAUAUUUUGGUAAUUGCCCAAUGAUACAUAUUCCUGGUUUGACUUUCCCUGUUGAAGAAUUUUUACUUGAAGACGUUUUGGAGAUGACUCGAUAUCAACCACGUAAUCAGGAUCGUCGUUCCUCUUGGAAGCGGGGCUUUUGGCAAGGACGUAACUGUCCACCAGAGAAAAAGGAGAAAGAGGCUGAAUAUAGAGAGAGCUGGCCUUGUUACGCACGUACCUUACAGGGCAGAUACGCUGACAGCACCAUUGAAUCUCUAGAGAAACUGGACAAUGAUGACAAGAUUGACUUGGAGCUGAUCCUGGCCUUGAUACGUCACAUUGUAAACAAAGAUGAAGAAGGAGCGAUUUUAGUUUUUCUUCCUGGGUGGGAUAAUAUCAGCACUCUACAUGACCUGCUGAUGGCCCAGCAGAUGUUUCGAUCAGAUUGUUUCAUUAUCAUCCCUCUACACUCCCUUAUGCCCACCGUCAAUCAGACGCAGGUCUUUAAGAAGCCUCCUCCUGGUGUCAGAAAGAUUGUCAUAGCCACCAAUAUUGCUGAAACAAGCAUCACCAUAGAUGAUGUUGUCUAUGUGAUAGAUGGAGGCAAAAUUAAGGAGACCAACUUUGACACUGAAAACAACAUUAGCACAAUGGCCGCCGAGUGGGUCAGUCUGGCAAAUGCCAAACAACGAAAAGGUCGUGCUGGAAGAGUGCAACCAGGAAAGUGCUAUCAUCUGUACAAUGGUCUCCGGGCCAGCCUUCUGGAUGCCUAUCAGCUACCUGAAAUCAUGAGGACGCCUCUUGAGGAGCUCUGCCUGCAGAUCAAGAUAUUGAAGCUUGGUUCCAUUGCCAGAUUUCUACAGAAAUCCCUAGACCCUCCAUCUGAAAAAGCUGUGACUCUUGCUAUCAAGAACCUUACGGACCUGAAUGCCCUGGACCAUUCUGAAAACCUGACAGCACUGGGCAUCCAUCUGGCUCGUCUUCCUGUUGAGCCACACAUUGGCAAACUCAUUCUGUUUGGAGCUUUGCUGGGCUGCCUCGACCCCAUACUCACCAUCGCUGCAUCCCUUAGUUUCAAAGACCCUUUCUUUAUCCCUUUGGGCAAAGAGAAAAUGGCAGACAUGAGAAGAAAGACCCUGUCCAGAAACUCUAAAAGUGAUCAUCUCACUAUUGUCAAUGCCUUUAAGGGCUGGGAAGAAGCCAAGCGGCGAGGUGCAAGGUAUGAGCGGGAGUUCUGCUGGGAUAAUUUUCUCUCUGCCAAUACGCUUCAGAUGCUUCACAAUAUGAAGGGUCAGUUUGCAGAGCACCUAAUGCAUGCUGGGUUUGUAAGCAGCAAAGAUCCUAAAGAUCCCAAAUCCAAUGUCAAUUCAGGCAAUGAUAAGUUAAUCAAAGCAGUGAUUGUUGCUGGUCUCUACCCAAAAGUGGCAAAGAUUAGACCUUGUCACAGCAAGAAAAGACCGGUUAAAGUGUACACGCAUGCAGAUGGGAAAGUUUGCAUCCACCCAAAGUCUGUGAAUGCUGAGGAGACAGAAUUCAACUACCACUGGCUCAUUUAUCACCUGAAGAUGAGGACCAGCAGUAUUUUCCUGUAUGACUGUACCGAGGUGUCUCCCUUCUCACUCCUGUUUUUUGGAGGUGACAUUACAAUACAAAAGGAUGGAGACCAAGAAACCAUUGCUGUUGAUGAGUGGAUUAUUUUUAGAUCACCAGCACGCAUCGCUCAUCUUGUCAAGAGUCUGAAGAAAGAACUGGACUCACUAUUGGAGGAGAAAAUCCGUAAUCCUGCUCCAGUAGACUGGCAAAAUCGUCAGUCUAAAGACUGUGCUGUCAUCACUGCCAUUAUAGACCUGAUCACGACCCAGGACAAUCCCACAGGAGGCACGGGGUUUUACAGCAGAGCGGAGGAGUCUGGCCCCAGAGGACAACACCUUUACUUCAAUGAUGAUGACGACGAUGAUGACUAGAAGUGAUAACACUGUCUUUAUGUUUUAGAGUUGAAAAUGACAGAUCUCGGCUUCUGGCUGGAAAUUACACAAACUGUUUCUCGUAUCAUAUUUUGGGUGUGACCAAGGAAGCAAUAUAAAUGUACUUUUUUUUUUUACACACACCUCAAUACUGACGAUGUUUGCUCAUGCAUUUGGCAUGGAUUGUUUUCCCUUUGUAUGCAUCAGUGUUUGAUACACACUAAAAUAUGGGGUGAAACCAACUGAAAUCACCUAAAAUAACCAGUGUAAAUACUUGUUACAUUAAUCAAUCAUCAGAUUAAUCUCAGACUAAGCAAAACAUGAGCACCUGUUCUUCAGUGGUGAUACAAACACUACAUUGAGAGCAGCAGUUUUGGAUAUGCAUUUAACCCCUUCCAUCUAAAGUCAGUCAUUAUGAAACUGUCUUUAAAACUCCCUCCAGCUUUUCUAGUUUUCGUCCAAAGAGGAAAUGUACACUUAUCACGCAUGUGUAUUCCACCCACUAGUGCCAACAUGAAAAUCUGUCAUUCACAUUCCCUGCCAAUGAUCACAUGUUUAUUAAUGAUUAACGCAUACUCAGGAGCCUUCAACCUUCUAUCCAAACUGCCUCUAGGCAUAUUAUGUCCCUGUUCUUUACAUGUGCUUUAGGGUUUGUAGAUAAGAAUCAUCUUAGAUUCACCAUUGAAAACCACCAGAGACCACAAGAAAUUUUUUUUUAUUUUUUUUUUAUUGUAGCAGCUGAUUAUUAAAAUAUAUGGAGUUGACUACACAUCUUGCAUAUAAAGUUUUGUUUAAAAAUACAUACAUGUAGCAAUACAGAUUCCUAUACAUAUUUACAUGCACAUAGGUUAUUUACACAACAUAUACACAUGGGUUAAUUCAUGCAAAGUAUAUUUCCCUGAGUGAAACAGUCUCUGGAGUAAGAUGUCCGACCUCAGAUUCCUUUAUGAGAUGUCCGUGGAAUAAUGGCUUUGAUCGAUGGUGCUAUCACAAAAGUCUGACCACACCAUUAAUUUCCCUUUAGCCACUAAAAAGAUGAGUCACCUGCUGGACAGUAACUUCAAAAACAGGGCUGGGCUGGCUCACUCCUCUGUCACCACCAGCACAAAGUCAUUUCAUCUCUCUCCAAAAACAUUGCAAAUAAAACACUCCUCGGCCUCAUAUUAAGGCCCUGAUAUUGGACAGACAUUUCUGUGUCUUCCUUAACACCUUUUGUUUUGUUAUUGUUUCUAUCUCUACUAGUGCCAGCAAAGUUUCUUUACUUGCCCACGCAUUACAGAGGAGCUGCCAGUCCAAAUUCUAUUGAUCUGUUUUGCUAGAUUUAUGGAAUAAACAAAAUUGUCUUGUUUUUAUGAAGCCGGUUCCCCAUUACCACACUCAGCUAAAUUCUCGAAAAUAAAAAUCUGACAAAUCUUAGACUGCCACUUGUUAAAAGGUGUGGAAGCUGUGACUUUGUUGGUGGGUGUGAAGUUAUUUCACUUGCAGAUAAAUAAUGAAUUUGGCAAAGCCUGCUGUCAGCUCCUGCUACCCACACAAACAGCUACCCUUAAUUAAGGGAAACCUCUGCCUACUUGUUCAGCCUUUAAUUUACGCCUGUUUAGAGAAAAUUUGCUUUAUUUUUCUUCUAAAACAGCACUCCUUAAGCUUCAGCCUUGGACCUUUGGCCUGGUUAACUUGGUUCUGAGACUGCUGUCUUGGUAGCGAUUACUUAAAGGGCUGAAAGGGAAAGUUGUUUUACAUCCUCUUCCUUUCACACAUUGGUCUCCAGCCCCUGUAAGCGGUCCAUCCUCUGCAUGUUUCGCUCAAUGGUAGCCUGGCAUGUGAUUGGCUGGGUGCAUUCCAUGAGGAACCACCCCCUCUCCCCAUCACGCAAGCGCUCCC